AUGGCGUAUCUUCACAAAUGCCUUAAAAAUAACUCUGACAAAAACAUAUCUAUAAAGAUCCCUACACGAGAAACAAGGAAUACUAGUUCAACUAACGGCAUCCUACUUCAUGUAACCAAAAGUAAAACUGUUUCUUUUCAAAACAGCUUUUACAUCAGAGCUGCUAAUGUAUGGAACACGCUUCCCGGCUUCAUAAGAAGUACCACCACAUCUCUAACUACAUUUAAAUGUAAUCUAAUGAAAUACUACGUAGAAUUAACCCAACAAAUUUAUGAUCCUGAAGAUCCAAGAACAUUUAAGUCUGUGUGUAUUAAAUGUCACACCACUCGCCCACUAAUGAACUUAUCAACUCAAACAUGUUGCUAAAUUUAGUUUUUGUUCGUUAAUUUGUUCGUCAAUAUGUUUGCUUUGUCUUCUUGUAUUUGUGUUUAAUUGUUAUGUUUGCUUUAACUUCGAAAUAAUUAUAUAUACCAUAAUUUAGUUGUUCGUUUUCGGAACCCCGUUAUUGGAGAACUAUCUCUGUGUGGAAAUUCCAGUCAUUUGUAACCAUAGUACUCUAUAUAGAUCUAUUGCAAUGGCAAACUUGUAAAAAUAAAAAAAAUAAUAAAAAAUUCAAAAGCCUGUCCAGGUUUCUAGUAGACCUCUAGGCCUUACAUUAAUUAUUUUACAUAAUUACUAUUCUUGUAAAUACUACUGGGGGAAAUAAUUUAAAUAAAUAUUUAAUGAUCAAAAUCCAAAUUUUCUUUCGUUUUUCGCGCAUGUGUUGAAGAAGGAAUAUGUUCUGCUUCUCUGUGCAUAGCCCAUGAGAAAAAAAACUUGAAAUCCUUUCCAUUUAAGAUGGUCCUAAGCUGAAAACAGUGUAGUUGUAAAGCAAUUACCGAAAGGGUGCAUUAUUGCAACCAACACCAAAAUAAAGGUUCUAAUCAAGGGUGGGUAGUAGCAAAGUAGUUGUAGUUCGCUACUGUAGCAAAUUACAAUUUUCAAGUAACCAGUAGUUUUUGACUACUUUUUUAAAACAGUAGUUGUAGUUAUAGCGAACUACAUUUUGCCUAAAAGUAGCCAAGUAGUUGACUACUUUUCAAACGGCGAAUCGCUGUUCGCUACUUUUUAGAAUUGUUAGCAACCGUUCAUAGAAUAGAAUGAUAUUAAGACAUGCAUGGUUUGCUUAAAAGAUUAUUUUACACAGUAAAGAUUAUUUUAGCGCAGUGAAAAGUGGCACUCCUGAACACUGUAGUGCUUACAAAAAUGUUGCUUUGACCUUUCUUGUUUACUGUUGCUACUCGUAAGUCGAUUUGUUAUAGGUUGUAUUAUAGCCUGAGCUAGUGGAUCGACUCCAAAUACCGUAAAACUAGAAAAUAUAGAGUAGCGAAAUAGUUCGCUACAUUUUUUAAGCAGUAGCUGUAGUCAGUAGCGAACUACCUUUGUUCAAAAGUAGCAGUAGUUGUAGCCUCUUACAAAAAUAUUCUAUAGAAUAUUACAUUGAAAUAUUCUAUAGAAUAUUCUGUGAAAUAUUCUAAAGGAUUUUGGAACCUAUUCUAUGGGAUAUUCUAUGAAAAUAUUCUAUUGGACAUUCAGUUGAAUUCUAUACAAUAUUCUAUAGAAUGCCCUAUAAAAAAUUCUAUAGAAAGUUCUAUGGAAUAUUAGAUAGUCUAUGGGAUAUUCAUUUGAAUUCUAUAGAAUAUUCUAUGAAAUAUUCUAAAGGAUUUUGGAACCUAUUUUAUAUGGAAUAUUCUACUGAAUAUUCUAUAGAACAUUAAGUUGAAUUCUAUACAAUAUUCUAUAGAAUUGUAUGGAAUAUUCUAUAUAACAUUCUGUAUUAGAUUCUAUAAGAUUUAUAAAAGUUUCUAUUAAGAAACAUUUAUUAAAACACAAUUACCAUUGUAUGCCCUAUAAAAAAUUCUAUAGAAAGUUCUAUGGAAUAUUAUAUGGAAUAUUCUACUGAAUAUUCUAUAGAACAUUAAGUUGAAUUCUAUACAAUAUUCUAUAGAAGGUAUGGAAUAUUCUAUAUAACAUUCUGUAUUAGAUUCUAUAAGAUUUAUAAAAGUUUCUAUUAAGAAACAUUUAUUAAAACACAAUUACCAUUGUAUAAAGAACUUGUUUAAUUAUUAACUAUACAUUAGUGAAACAGCUAGUUAACCAUGAUCAGAAUUAUAUGUUUAUAGCUACCAUUGAACUACAGUAGGAAAUGGGUAUUUGAAAAGUAGUCAGCAGCUGCAAGAUACAACUGCCUCAUGCCUGGAAACAAUUAUAGCAAUUUUAUUUGGUGGAGAAUAUCACUUACAUAAACUUUGCAGCAAAGAUUUCAAUGUGCCUGGAUUUCAAUAUUAAGUAUGUAUAAACAGAUGUAAAUAUCCAGGCUAAAAUUAAAAUUAAGUGAUGCCAAGUGCCAACAGAACCAAUGUACGUGGCAUAUUGUCCACAAAACAAAACAACUAUGCAAGAACUUAAAAAUAAACAUUGGGCUAGUCAAACUGUUGUAGGAUUAUUCUAUUUAGUGAAUAUUCUUAUUAGAAUAAGUGUCAAUGUUACUGUUACGUGUAGAUACUUUCUUUUUUCACAAUAUUGUUAAUCCUUGUGUUCAUCAUUGUUAAUACUUGUGGUCAUCAUUGAUGCAUAUGCCAUUUUGCAAGAGUCGUAAUUGCUCUUCCAAGUUGGAAACAAUAUCUGUUAGGCAUGGCAUUACUAUACAAAAAUGAAAAAUAAGUAAAUGUUACCCAUUAAGUUUCAUUGCAUCCUACUUUAUUAUUUUACUCUGUCUAACACCAGACAACUUUACUCUUCAAGGGGAUAGCAGUUUUGCUCAAUGGAUUAACCUUUUCAUGUACCUCAUAUGCCCAACUUUAGUAUUUACUGUCUAACGCUUACUCCAUCUCAUCGUCUGCAGUGUAAAUUUAGUAUUUACUCUGUCAGCCAGUAUGGAAUGUAAGUGUUGUGCACCGGACAUGUCCGGUGCACAACGCCUUUCAUUGGUGCACAAUCUGGUGCACAAGAUUUUACAAUAGUAAUCUGUGGCGCACAUCUGGUGCACACAUAACAAGUUAACUAAGGGUGGCGCACUGGUGCAUAAUUCAGGAUUCCCAAUAUUAAUUCAUCAAAUAGAUUUAACAGCAAAAGUUAGUAAAACCUAUUUCUGGAAAGUAUCUGGAAUGUGUAGACCUGAGUACGGUAGGCUUUGCCGCUUUGGACAAUAUAUUCCCUUUUGAUCUAUGGAUCCAGGAUCCAAUAUACGUAAACUAAAUGAAGUACUCUGAAAUACUGCUGACCACUUGAAACUUUGAGUUGAAUAAUAUUUCGAAGGCUUUCCGAGAAAAAUUGACUUUCCGAGAAAAAUGUAAAUUUCGAUUUUAUAAUGUUGUUUUCUGACCAUCAGAAUUCGUGUAAAAUCUUCCGUCAAAGUCCAGGAAUGACAUUUCAGAGACUUUAAAUUUAAAAAUUUCUCGGGAGUGCAUGCUCCUGUACCCCCCUCCAGGUAUCUCGCGCCUUCAGAGCUCCUCUCAUGCCUUUGGCAAUCGGCACGAGAUUUGGAGCACUCGAGAUUCGAAGUGAAAAAUUUGGUGGUGCACAAAUUUUCGACCGGCUAGACAACCAAUCGGUGCACACAAAAAAUGAUCAACUUCCUUGUCCGGUGCACGAAUAAGUUACAUUCCAAUUAACUCAAUUAAACACAUACCAGUUGCCACGGCCCAGCUUAAGGGUGUUUACAAGAUCCAGACUGAUUUGUCUGGCUUGGGGGGGCCACUUUAGCUAGGCCAGUAUAUUAUUUUCUUCAUAUAAAGCACUAAUUAAGAAGACUAGUCUGGCUAUAGGCAAGGCUACGAUAUUCUGUAUCAAUUGAAAUAAACUUGGACAGUGCUAUUUUUACCUCACAACACCAGUUUGUCAACUCAAUCCAGAAAUUUCCAACUGUUGAGAACAAUAUUUUGAGCCGGGCUAUAGCCCAGCUGCAAUAUUUAAUCUAAAAAUGUACAAGGACAACAUUUGAGGCUUUGUCUUGCUAGCUAGUGACUAUAGUGCUUAUUCCAGCUUUACAAACAUAUCAUUUUAUACACCUGAAGCUCAUUAACCCAUUCCCAAAUUUGAAUUUUGGGCAAAUAAUGUGCUGCAAUUUGCAGCUUUCAACACACUGAAAAUAUCACAUCAAUACUUAUAUUUCAAGUAUUAAAAUGAUAACAUAUCUUAAUAAUAUUAACAUAUUUCAUAUACUUUGACAAAGGUCGUCUAGCAGUGCCAAAUUAUGCCAAAGGCAAAGACACUUUAUAUUGUGGAUUGUUAUAAUUAAACAACAGUGCGUAAUUUAGUAUAGAAUUCCCAAUACUAUAUAUUCGAAUUCAUAUUUUAUUCUUUCUUCCAUCGCUAGAAACCGAAAUUUUGUAUGUUUUAUGCAAAUUGACGCGGCAAAUUCAAACAUUCAACGGAAUAUUUUCACACAUGACUCAAAUUCACUACAUUAUUUCGGAAUUAAAGUGCUUAAAUAGCAUCAAACAUGAAAAUAUUCUUACCUGUGAGAUCUGAAUAACAUUUUAAGAACUUUCGAAUGCCGUUUCCAUCGUUUGGGUUGAAAAUAUAAGGGAAAAUUUCCCUUCAAAUCCGUCCAUGUGCGAGUAAUUUGAAAUUGCAAUUUUAAAAUGACGCUAUCCCAUGAAGCUUUGCGCCCUCACACGUAAACUAGGUACCAGGCUUCCAGUCAAUGCGCGAUGAGAAAAUCAGAAAACAUAUUAAUAUCUCAUUGAAGAAAACAAAUGUACUGUGAAAUAAGUAUAUUAUUAAGCAAUUAUUAGAAAAUAUUCAAGAACAAAUUGCGCUUUAAAUAGUUGGCUUUUCUUACCAAACACAAAGACUACAAAAGUCGGUCCCAGAACAUAGGACACCCCCUCAAAUUUUUUUUUUAUGUGCGCCCCUGUCUCGUAUUAAUCGUCGCUGAACCUCCACCAAGCCUCUCUCGUCAGAUAUGAAACUAACCCGUGGACUUCAUAUUGCCAUGAACUUUUCCAUUUCCCUGAUACUUAUAUCUUUAUCUAAUGACAUUUCUACUAAUCUCGGUCCUGACUGCAGCAUUUCUACAUCAUCACCUAAUGUGCGAGGACUUACCAAUCCUAGAUCCCGUUCUUCGUUUAAUGUUCUGUAUCAGAACGUCAGAAGUCUGAAGGCGAAUCAUCGUAACCCUACAACUAAUUGCGUCGUGAAUAAGCUUUCAUAUCUACAUGACAUUGUUUAUGGCAACAGUGUAGAUGUGAUUGCUUUGGUGGAGACUUGGCUCACUGUCAAUGUGCGUGAUGAUGAAAUCUUGCCUGUUGGAUACAAGCUAUUUCGGCGAGAUCGUCGAACUGGUAAACAGGGCGGUGGUGUUCUGCUUGCCGUAAAAGAUACAGUCAAAACUGAACCUUCUGGCUUCGUUUCAGACUCGUUGGAACUUGUAUCUCUGGUUAUUAUCUUCUCGUCUUGUAAAGUACUUGUUGCUGUCUGUUACCGUCCACCUGACUCCACUAAUGUUUUCCUAAAUGAACUAACCCGCUUUUUAAAAUUUGUCCAAGAAUCGCAAUUCAAAGAUGUUGUUCUAAUUGGCGACUUCAACUACCCUAAUGUCCAAUGGUCUAACGGUUCAGGUUUCUCUACUUCAGCUUCAGAAACUAGUUUCAUUGACAGCAUCACUGAGUUUAGUUAUCUGCAAUUGAUUAACUCACCUAUCCGCGGUAACAACCUCAUCGACCUGGUUUUAACUACAAAUGAACAUUUGACCGACAAGUUUGAAGUUACUGAUGACGACUCCAUCUCUCUACCCUCUGAUCACAAAGCUAUAUUUUUCGACCUAAAACUCCAUCAUCAACCUAAACAAUCCUCCGAACGUGUGGUCUAUAAUUAUGCUAAGGGUGAUUUCGUUGGCCUAUUUAACAGUCUAAGGAACACUCCACUAGUUGAUAUAGUCUUCAACGAAAGUAACAACGUUAAUCUUGCCUGGGCUAAGUGGAAGGAAGCUUUCCUUGCCGCUGUUGACCAUUUCAUCCCCAAAACAAAGCUCAAGCGUUCCUUUACACUAACCAUACAUCACCAAGGACUUACUUCACGCUAUUAAGAUGAAAGAGUCACUAAGAAGAAAGGCAAAGGCUAAGAACUCGCCUGAACUUUGGAAGAAAUUCCGCAAAACUCGGCAACACGUCAAGUGUUGGAUAAAUUCCAAGAAGAGAGAAUAUCUCUCUGGACUGUCCGAACAUGUGUAUAAUAACCCUAAAUCAUUCUGGAGAUUCUUUAAAUGUAAAUCCUCGAAAUCUUCGAUCCCUGACGUGAUGAAGUUGGAAGGUCAGAAACUUUUUUCUGCAAAGGAAAAAUCCGAUGGCUUUAACCAAUUUUUUACGUCAGUCUUCACCUCCGACACAAGUUCUUCACCUCUUUUCACUCCCUAUAGUUCAGCUUCUAACUCUCUUGACUCAUUAAAUGUAUCUGAAUCCGAUGUUCAGUCUUUGUUGUCCAAUUUGUCACCCUCUAAGGCUACUGGUCCAGAUGGUAUUCCAGCUUACCUUCUAAAGCGAUGUUCUGUGGUAAUUACCCCUUCUUUGACUGCUCUCUUUGAGUUAUCUCUUCAGCGGGGUGUUUUUCCUUCUGAAUGGAAAGCUGCUAAUUUCGUGCCUAUACCCAAAAAGGGUGACACUCAUGAGGUCACUAACUACAGACCAGUUUCCUUACUCUCUCAAGUCUCAAAAGUUCUCGAACGUUUAAUUUUCAGUCAGGUUUCUUCUUUUGUUGAAAAAUCCUUGUACGACCUUCAACAUGGCUUUCGCUGUAAAAGGUCGUGUGUUACUCAACUUUUGAGUGUACUUCACGACCUUGGUCGUACUCUUGACUCUGGAAAGGAAACAGACCUGAUUUAUCUCGACUUUGCUAAAGCGUUUGACUCGGAGUCCCAUAGCAAACUUUUGUUCAAACUUAAAUCGUUUGGAAUCUCAGGUCCACUUCUUAACUGGUUUGCUGAUUACCUUCGUGAUCGCAAACAGUGUGUUGUCGUUGAAGGAGCUUCCUCAUCUUUUCUUAAUGUUACCUCUGGGGUGCCACAAGGUAGUGUAAUAGGUCCACUUUUAUUUAUUCUUUAUGUAAAUGACCUUCCAGAGGUAACCAAUAAUAGUACCGUUGCACUUUUUGCUGAUGACAGCAAGUGUUAUCGUGCUAUACGAUCACCAGUUGAUCGUGGUCUCCUUCAGCUUGACCUGGACGCUAUGUCCAACUGGUCACUUAACUGGAAAAUGAAAUUUAAUGUCUCGAAGACGCUCCUACUUAAGAUAUCCCGCAAACGUAACCCUCCAACUCAUUGCUACUUUCUUAACAACGAUCCAGUUAAGAGCAUAGCUAACCAAAUAGACUUGGGUGUUGUUAUCAGCAAUGAACUAAAGUGGUCCCCUUACAACGCCAGCUGCACUGCAAAAGCCAAUCGUAUGCUUGGUUUUCUUCGUAGCAAUUGUACGCAAAUGUCUGAUAUUCGCUGCCGUAGGCUUCUUUAUCUUGCUCUCGUCCGAUCUCAUCUGUCAUAUGGUAGUGAGAUCUGGGCACCUCAAGGAUCGUCACGUGAUCUUGCGAUCAUCGAGGGUGUUCAAAGACGAGCUAGUAAAUUUAUCCUUCAGGAUCUUCGGCCUAGAUAUCUCCUCUUUCGUCACUUUUUCUUCAAACAGCUCGUCUCACACCCGUUCAAGUUUGGACAACUUGCUUCAUGUUAAUCAUUGCAGGACUUCUCUCUUUAAGAACUCUUUUUUCAACCGAAUUGUCUUUCUCUGGAAUGACCUCUCUCCCACCAUUCGUAAUAGUUCAUCCGUUUCCUCCUUUAAAAACAGACUAACUGUUCAUUACUCUUCUCUACUUCAUUCAUCUUUCGAUGUAAACAGAAUGCGCACUUGGAAAACAUUCUGUUCUAAGUGCCGCUCUUUCAACUUAAGCUGUUGUUCGUAAUUCGUCAUGUUUUCUGUAAAUUGUAUAUUUGUUCUCGCCUUUGAUUUAUGUUUGUUAUAGUUUGUUUUCAUUAAGGUUGGUCUUCACAUGGGGAUAUUCAUGUCCUGUUGACCAUACCAUCAACCAUAUUAUGUAGUGGUUUAAUCUAUUUUAUGUUUGGUUGUAAAGUUAAUAAAUAAAUAAAUAAAUAAUAAAUAAACAAUGCUAACACGAUAUUGUUGGGAGAACAUUAAAUACAGCCAUAACCAAGGUCGCGUGACUGCCAACUCUCAUGCACUCUCAUCCUCGUUCCAUGCGUAACAUUAGCUGAAUUGAUAUUAGAAGACGGAUUUCCGUCUAAGACGGGAAACUCGUCUUAGACGAGAAACUCGUCUUGAUAUAAAUUCGGUUAACGACGGGCUUUCCGUCUCAACUUUUCCGUCUAACUUUACCGUCUGAACGACGGGAAAGUUAGACGAGUUUCUCGUCUUAGACGAAAUCCGUCUUCAAUCCGUCUUAAAUUUAUGUCAGACGAAUAAAUCAAGACGGGUUUCUGCUCGCAACGUUCAAAAGAGAAAGGGAUGAAGGGUCUCCUAUUUUUUCGGGUUUAUCCGUUCGAUGGUUUUCGUUUCAUACUUAUACCAGACGGAAAUCCGUCACACGAGUUUCCCGUCUUAUACUGAAAUCCGUCUUCUAAUAUGAAUUCAGCUAAUGAUUUUAUUUUAUUUUAUUUUACAAUCUUUGUCAGAUAAAUGACAGGUUAUAUACCCUCAGAACUGAACACUCCUUUACUGUAACCUUAACUAUUUAUACAGAAUACAUAUAAGUUCCGAUUGUAAUCUAGAAAGCAAGAUUGAUAUUGAUGGUUGUAAUUUAUUACCAAAACGUGAAUAAAAAGGCAAAUAGAAUUAAUGAAGCAUAUCUUCAAUCACCAGAAUAAUAUCGUCUCACCGCUCCGCUUACAAAACUGCCGUUAGAGGAACACCCUGUUUUUGAGAAAGAUUCCAAGUUUAGAAUUGCACAAUCUUUAAAAAGGCUGAACUGGCCUUGACAACAUCCCGAUUUGAUUACUGAGAGAAUUUAGCAAACUAAUAGCAUUUCCUAUAACGCAGAUAAUUAAAUUAUCCUAUAAUUAUCUUCAGCAAGUAUUACCACUAAAUAUCUGGAAAAUGACCAAUGUGUUCCCUUUGCUUAAACUGAAGGUCGUUACAGAUUUAACUAGGGCCUUUAGACCAAUAAUUUUGUUGCAUUGUGGUUCCUUAUGUAAAACCGGCAAUUGUCGUUAGAUCGAACCAAUAUGGUGUGGUACCGAAGUCGUCCACAACCCAAGCGCUUAUAAAUAUGAUACAUUGGUCCAUUGUAACCGAUGGGAAUGGAAGCAAAAUACGGACAAUUUUAUUUGAUUAUUGCAAAGCUUACAUUCGAGUACAUUGACUAUACAAGAUAAUGAUUGAAAAGCUAUGUAAACUUGGUUUACUCCAUAGCGUGACUGAGUCAUCGAUUUCCUAACGGUCAUAUAUCAACGAGUUAAACUAGCAAAUGAGCAUGCUUUUCUGAAUGGGGGACGGUGCGUUAUGGUGUUCCUCAGGAAACGAAAUUGGGACCAUGGCUCUUUAUAUUAUGAUGAUCAAUGAUAGAUCUAAAAAUCUAAAAAUAAUGCACCGUUUAUUAUAUUCUCAUCAAUAUUUAUAAUAUUUGAAUUUUGGGAUAGGUAAUAGGACCUCUACAUGCGUCUUGGACCUGUGGUUUACUUAUAUUUUAUAAUCAUUAUUCAUCCAAUGGAUUUCUUAUAUUUUCGACGGGGUCUUGAAAUAGACCAUCUCGUGAAAUAUUGUGUAAAAGGUGCACGCGUGUAAUGCGUGCGUUGUUUUGUGUAUUUUUAUGUAAAUCCAUUGUAGAAAUAUUGUAAUUGAAGUUAGCGUGUAUUGUAUGUAAAGUUAUUACUUGGUAAUUGAUAGGUGUGAUUUGAUGAUGCACAUGAAUUUAUCACAGGGCCGGAUUUGACCAUACUGUGAUAUUGAUAUAUUCAUGUGCAUCAUCAAAUCACACCUGUCAAUUACCAAGUAAUAACUUUCCAUACAAUACACGCUAACUUCAAUUACGAUAUUUCUACAAUGGAUUUACAUAAAAAUACACAAAACAACGCACGCAUUACACGCGUGCACCUUUUACACAAUAUUUCACGGGAUGGUCUAUUUCAAGACCCCGUCGAAAAUAUAAGAAAUCCAUUAAAUGAAUAAUGAUUAUAAAAUAUAAGUAAACUACAGGUCCAAGACGCAUGUAGAGGUCCUAUUACCUAUCCCAAAAUUCAAAUAUUUUGAAAUAAUUUUGUCAUAAUCCAAGAAAGAGAACACUUGCUCAUAUAUUAUUUUCUCUAUAUUUUUUUUCUAUUGUUUGACUGAAGUUUGUUUGUGUUUGUCUGGAAGAGUUUGUAUAAAUAUCGCGAAAUGAGAUUAAAAUUCGUGCUUUCCCUUUAGCGAUUGUUCGUCACAAACGACAUGACUGAUACAAGUCGAAUUGUUGAAACCAUAUUUCAAAGUCAUAUGCAUGCAAAUUUGUCAGGAAGUAUGCUAAACUAAGCAUGACCGGUCGUUAAUAAAUUAGCACAGGUCAUAUGACGGGCUGUGUAACCUUUCCAAAAAUAGAUGAAUUUCGACCUUUGCUUGAUGUUAGUCACGGGAUUGCGUAUAAUUCUUUUGUAUAUAAUCGAUAGAAACGAAUAUAGCCGCCUUAUAUUCUGCAGCUACAAUACAGGUCUAUUGAUUCAACUGCCAAUUUUCUCAUCAGACAGAAUAUAGUAAAGUCGUCGUUCAAUAAAGUAAGUAUUGUAUUUCAAAACUCAUUAAGUUUAUCUUCAAAAGUGCAGGAGGCACAAAAGAUAUAUGUUUCACAUAAUCUCAGUUAAUACUUGACGAACAUAUCUUGUAGCCGUUUUCAAAGAUCAAAAUGUAUUUUGCUGAACCUAUAAAUGUUUGGUUUUAACUUUCUUCAAUGAUUCGAAUUAAUGAUUAAACUUUUUGGAAGUAAAUUGACCAUUUGGCUACAUCUCCUUUGGUUGACGUAUAAUGCAUGAUUUUGGAUACUUUAUUUAUAGUCCUCUACUUCUUUGUACAAAUCAAUAAUGAAAUGUUGCGCCGGGCUAGAAAACGUAUACCGUUCAAUGAAGUCAAGCCGAAUACCUAUCUGAUACCUAAUGAACAUUGAGUGUUGGUUAUAUAACUUACUCUACGUAUUUUGUCGUGUCCAUUGGCAUUGGCGCAGGUUUUAUGAAAAUGUUAUUUUCUCUCCGAAGCAGUUUAGAUGUAUAGCUAGUACAACUGCUACUGGAAUGAUAAAUUAACACGAAGCGAAAUCUCUGUCAAACGAGAAUGAGUGUUAAUGAGAGUUCUUUGGCAGCCACGCAUUUUUACAGGGGAAAUUUCAAGCUCUAAAUUAACAAAGUUCAUGAGUGUUUCAACAAUGCUAACACGAUAUUGUUGGGAGAACAUUAAAUACAGCCAUAACCAAGGUCGCGUGACUGCCAUCUCUCAUGCACUCUCAACCUCGUUCCAUGCGUAACAUUGAUUUGAUUUGAUUUGAUUUUACAAUCUUUGUCAGAUAAAUGACAAGUUAUAUACCCUCAGAACUGAACACUCCUUUAUUGUAACCUUAACUAUUUAUACAGAAUACAUAGAAGUUCCGAUUGUAAUCUAGAAAGCAAGAUUGAUAUUGAUGGUUUUAAUUUAUUACCAAAACAUCUUCAAUCACAAGAAUAAUAUCGUGUCACCGCUCCGCUUACAAAACUGCCGUUAGAGGAACACCCUGUUUUUGAGCAAGUUUCCAAGUUUAGAAUUGCACAAUCGUUAAAAAGACUGACAAGCCUUGACAACAUCCCGAAUUGGUUACUGAGAGAAUUUAGCGAACUAAUAGCAUUUCCUAUAAUGCAGAUUAUUAAAGCGGCAAUCGAUAUCUUCAGCAAAUAUUACCACUAAAUAUCUGGAAAAUGGCCAAUGUGUCUCCUUUGGUUAAACUGAAGGUCGUUACAGAUUUAACUAUAGGGCCGUUAGACCAAUUAUUCUCGCAACGUAUGCUUUCAAAUUAGCUGAAGAUUUUGUUGUGGUUCCUUAUGUGAAACCGGCAAUUCUGAAAGUCGUUGGAUCGAACCAAUAUGGUGUGGUACCGAAAUCGUCCACAACCCAAUAUCUAUAUAUGAUAUAAAACAUUGGUCCAUUGUAACCGACGGGAAUGGAAGCAAAAUACGGAGAAUUUUAUUUGAUUAUCGCAAAGCAUUCGAGUACAUUGUCUAUACAAGAUAAUGAUUGAGAAGCUAUGUAAGAUUGGUUUACCCCAUAGCGUGACUAACUGAGUCAUCGAGUUUCUAACGGACAUGCAGACAUCAAGGUUUCAUGAAAAUGUUAUUUUCUCUCGUCCGAAGCAUUUUAGAUGUAUAGCUAGUACAACUGCUACUGGAUCAACACAGUAGGUAAUGUUGGAGAGUUAUGGAUGAAGAAUUAGUUAGCGCGGACUUCUUCCUCGCCCUCCGCUCGGCUCUCCGCACCAUGCAUGGACGCUCAGAAUGAUAAAUUAACACGAAGCGAAAUCUCUGUCAAACGAGAAUGAGUGUUAAUGAGAGUUCUUUGGCAACCACGCAUUUUUACAUGGGAAAUUUCAAGCUCUAAAUUAACAAAGUUCAUGAGUGUUUUAACAAUGCUAACACGAUAUUGUUGGGAGAACAUCAAAUACAGCCAUAACCAAGGUCGCGUGACUGCCAACUCUCAUAUAUGCACUCUCAUCCUCGUUCCAUACGUAACAUUGAUUUUAUUUUAUUUUAUUUUACAAUCUUUGUCAGAUAAAUGACAGGUUAUAUACCCUCAGAGCUGAACACUCCUUUACGGAUAACCUUAACUAUUUAUACAGAAUACAUACAGUUGUAUAAUUUCCGAUGGUAAUCUAGCAAGCAAGAUUGAUAUUGAUGGUUUUAAUUUAUUACCAAAACGUGAAAAUGCAAAUAGAAUUAAUGAAGCAUAUCUUCAAUCACAACAAUAAUAUCGUGUCACCGCUCCGCUUACAAAACUGCCGUUAGAGGAACACGCUGUUUUUCUGUAAGUUUCCAAGAUUAGAAUUACACAAUCGUUAGAAAGACUUAGCAAGUCUUGACAACAUCCCGAAUUUGUUUACUGAGAGAAUUUAGCGAACUAAUAGCAUUUCCUAUAAUGCAGAUUAUUAAAGCAUCCCAUAUCGUCAGCAAAUAUUACCAAAUAUCUGGAAAAUGGUUAAUGUGUCUCCUUUGCCUAAAUUGAAAGUUGUACGUUGCAGAUUUACUAGGUCCUUCAGAACAAUUAUCCUCGCAACGUAUGCUUAGCUUUCAAAUUAGCUGAAGAUUUUGUUGUGGCUGCUUACGUGAAACCGGCAAUUCUGAAAGUCGUAGGAUCGAACCAAUAUGGUAAAGUACCAAAAUUGUCCAGAAUUCAAGCGCUUAUAGAUAUGAUACAAUGGUCCAUUGGAACCGACAGGAAUGGAAGCAUUUUUUGGUGACCCCCUCCCCCCGCUCGCCAACAAUUUUGGGGAGAAAUAUUAAUGUUUAGUUUGCCUGUUCGGGCAAACUAUACUGUGCCCCCAAACAAGAUCAGGUUCGUACGUACAUGCAAAAUACGGACAAUUUUAUUUGAUUAUCGCAAAGCAUUCGAGUACAUCGACGACAAGAUAAUGAUUAAGAAGUUAUGUAAACCUGGUUUACCCCAUAGCGUGACUAACUGUGUCAUCGAUUUUCUAACGGAUAGACAUCAUAUCGAAAUACGAGCAUGCAUUUGUGAAUGGAGGACGGUGUCUUAUGGUGUCCCUCAGUAAACGUAAUUGGACCAUGGCUCUUUAUUAUGAUGAUCAAUGACAGAUCUGAAAAUCUAAAAAUAAUAUGCCAUUUAUUAAUAAUGUUCCCUUGUCAAUAUUUAGUUGCCAUUGAUUCACUGAUUUUAAAAGGGAAGUUUCUAUGUGGAGUGCCCCGGACGGACGUCCGACUGUUGCAAUUGGUUUGAUAUAAUUUUGUUAUAAUCCACGAAAGUGAGCACUUGCUCGUAUAUUAUGUUCUCUAAAAUGUUUUCUAUUGUUUGACUGAAGUUUGUUUGUGUUUGUGUGUUCGUGUGUUCGUGUGUUCGUGUUCGUGUUCUAUAACAAACGUACUUGCAGGGAGGUGAGUCCGGGAUUGGACGCACCGAGGGUGGCUGGAAGUUUCCCGAACUUACCGAGCGAAGCGAGGUGAGUUCGGGAAACUUCCAGCCACCCAAGGUGCGUCCAAUCCCGGACUCACCGAACCUGCAAGUACGUUUGGUUUUUAUCCCAUACGCCGAGCCAUACACACAUUUGUAGCUCUUCGCGAUAUAUUCGUCGAUGUUUUGUGAACAUUUUCCCGCCCAAAAAAAUCACUGGGCAAGAAAAUACUUCUUUAUCUACGUCUACAUUACCUUUACUGCAUUUUUUCUUUGGUUUUUCUUCAGUCUCAGUAUGUUAGUCACCGAAAAAAGUUCUUUAAAGUUUAGGUUUAUCGGCUAAAUCUUGUCCGCCAUAUUUGUUAUUGUUAUUGCAACGUAAGCAGUUUAGCAGGUGAGUUCGGGCGAAAAGCAGGUGAGCUCGGCAAAAAGCAGGUGAGCUCGACGACAAGCUCACCUGCUCUAAACCAAUCAGAAAGCCGCUUUUAACACAGGUAUGGGAUAAGUGUGGAAGCGUCCGUAUAAAUAUCGCGAAAUGGAAUUACAAUUCGUGCUUUUCGCUUUAGCGAUUGUUCGUCACAAACGACAUGAUACAAGUUGAAUUAUUGAAACCAUAUUUCAAAUCCUAUACAUGAAGUUUGUCAGGAAGUGUGAUAAACUAUGCGUGACCGGUCGUUGACGAGUGAGCUCACUAGUUCAUAUGACGGACUGUCUAAAUUUCCCGAAAAUAGAUGCAUGGGAUUGGCGGAUUGCAUAAUCCUUUCGUAUAUAUAAUCCAUAAAAACGAAUACAGCUAUUUCAUUUAAGGUUGUCCAUGCAUGCAUAAGCAAAGCGAAAAGUCGAAUACGAGCGCGAAAUUACAUGUAGGCUGCUGGGAAUCGCUAAUAAAUUAAUGAAUUUUCAAAGCGGUUCCCAGCAGCCUUUUACGCUCGUAUUCGACUUUUCCGCUUUGCUUUUGGACAUCCUUAAUUAAUUGAAAUACCUAUGUGAUACCUAAUAAACAUUGAGUGUUGGCUAUACCUUACCCUAUAUAUUUUGUUGUGUCCAUUGGCAUUGGCGCAGGUUUUAUGAAAUGACGUUAUUUUCUCUCCGGGACAGUCAGAUGUAUGUUGCUUCUGGAUCAACACUUAGGGGUAAUGUAGCAGAGUUUUACACACAAAGAGAGGUAGAUGAGUGUGUAUUUCUUCCCCGCCCUCGGCACCAUCCAUCAACGCUGGGAAUGAUAGAUUAACACAAGAAGCCAAGUCCCUAUCAAAUGUGGAUGAGUGUUGGUGAGAGUUCAUUGGCAGUCAACAAUUGUUACGAGGGCCGACAUUUCCAGCUCUAAGUUAAUUUAAGAAGUUUCAUGAGUGUUCCAACAAUGUUUUAACUAAAAUAAAAUAGAAUAUAAGAUAUUGUAUAUAAGUUCGUAAUAAACUCCAGACCGAUUAAGAUUCCUCUCGUAGGAUUGGCGGAUUGCUCUCGUAACUUCUAUCACUUUCCUCACUAGAUGCUGUAUGUCUUAGGCUUGUGGUAUUUUGCCUCCGCCCAGACUUGCCUUCCUGUAAUAUCAUUGCCUGGAGGAGUCUGCACACGACGUACAAGGGGCUUUGCAUAUAGCACAUCUUCAGUGAUUUUGAUAGAUUUACACAUGUAGCAACCAAGGUCGUGACUAUUGAUAUUGUUACGAAACAACAAGACAGUUGCCAAUAAACAUGGUUUGUUUCCGCUUGACUAAACCAUACAGACCUUGUAUAGCGCAAUGGUUAAAGCGUCUGUCCAGUUACGUUGUCCGAUUCCCGUUAGAGUACAGACGUUUUUUCAGAGAUGAUAUAGCUUGAUACGCAUACACAUUAAAAAUCAUAUAUUAUCACAAGCGAUACCACAACAGCAUUAUGCCGUAUUUAAAAACGAAAAAAAGCGAGUUGUUUUAUGGGUUCAUUGGCCGCGCAGAGUAAUUUAAAAAUCAACGUUGUCUAAGCCGAGAAAAUCAAAGUUAAAGUUUAUGUAAAUUAAUAUGAUUUUUUAUCACAUGUAUAAAAUUAAUAGGAAGUUUAAAAGUCGUGUUUCCGGGAACGGCAAACGGCAGAUUCGAACUUUCUUCGCAAAGUUCCGUUAAACGUUUUCGUUUCAUAUUUUCUUUCUUGUGUCGAAAGAAUAGUCAUGCAUUGCAGUUUUAAAACAGCAAGUUCAUUUACUCUUUAUUGCCUGAUACCGUAAAAUUUUUCUUUGCGGCCGGCGUUUGCCGUUUGCCGUAUAACGCGAAGCUAAAACUUUCUAAUAUUCACUGUUGUGAUUUCCUUUGUCCUUUCCUCAUGCAUAUUCUCGCAUUAUAUGCCCAUACAUAGCCUCUCCUGAAAAGUUCGCCAGCUUAACUAUUUUUGAAAGCUUUCUGCAUGUGACAUACACGGCGUUGGUCAACAGUACUUUUAAUGUUGUUAUGGCAUGCACCUGGUCGCUCACAAGAGACUGCCCCUGCCACCGUUCUUAAUCUGCAUUUUAUAUUAUAUAUAUAUUUGUAUAGUAUAGGGUUGUUUUUUUUUUGGGGGGGGGCACUAUUACUAGUUUAAUAUUAGUUUAGGGUUUGCGCCCAGCAUGGCUCCCAUUCUCCCGUUUGCGCUAUCCCCUUUGGACGUAAAACUUGUAAAUAUUUCUACUAUUAAAUAAUACUGUGUCCAAUAAAGCUGAUAAAUAAAUAAAUGGAUACAAUAACCUAAACUCAUUGUUUGAGCUCGUUUGCAUUAGGUGUCACAGUAGUAUAGGAACUGAGGUUUCUAGACCAUUUUUUAUGCUAAUGAGCAUGAUCAGAUUUCCGACCAUUUUUCCGUGAACGAAAAUCCGUCUGGCUCAAUCUGAAUUUUUUAAUCAUGAUUUUAUUUUCUAGACCAUAUUGGUUUUCUAAGCGCUAGAUUUUCUAACAAAAUUAAAACGAUUCACUUCUCUUAAAUCUUCAAAUUUCAACUCCACCAAUCUCAUUCAAUUCCUUUAUUCCAAAGCCUAUUCAACAUCUUUUAUUUCACUCCUGAGGGUACACAAGGCAGGGGGCCCUUCCUGCUUAUUUACCCUUUAGGAUUAUUACUUUCUACUCUGUGGGAACUUCUCAGUCACUAUUUUUUAUAUUUUUGUUACCAUAAGCAUAACUGGUAACUCCAUCCUCCAAGAUAUACCUUUUAUCAUCAAAGCAACUUAGAGUGACCUUCCUCAUUUCGUAAGUUCCAAUUGUAUGCUUGAUGCUCCUAAUUGUGUUCAUAUUAUGUCUCAUCCUACCUUUCGUACUAAUUACAUUCUUGAAGUUCUCAUGAGUGAGCUUAUUUCUGAUGACAUACUUUUUAACUCCUUUAGCUGUCAUUCCACCUCCACCGUUUUCCUUCACAUAUGAGUACAUCUUUGACCUUAACCCAACAAACUCAAUUAUGGGUACUCCUUCAGCUUCGUCCUUAAACUUACCUAUGACCUUCUUGUUAUGAGUUGAGUAAUAUGGAGAAUCUUUUGGAUAAUCUGAAUUAUCCCAGCAGUCUUGCUCUUCACCGAUCCUCUUGAAGUCCUCGUAAACAUCAUCAGUCUUUAUUUCAUACAUCAAGCUGUCAGUAUCAGUGAACAGUAGCCUUGACCUGUUACCGUACUCCUUCUUGAUUGUGUUGUAGUGGAAAUCAUACAUUAAAGUCUUGGAUAAGUCUAAGAUGCUCAUUCCUACAUAGCACGGUUUAUUUAGCGUUAGAACUUCCUUCAUUCUUUUUACAACUAUAAGGUUCUCAUUCAUAAUUCGGUGUGACUGGAAGCACGGUAAUGCUGUCAGUUUUAGGAGGUCGUCUUUUGAGGACACUAAUUUUACAUCAACUCUUUUUCUUAGAUUUUCCAUUGUUUUUCCAUAGAUUGAAUUAUUCAUUAACUUGAAGAAGUUCUUUUCGAACGUGUUACGAGCUACUGAUCUUUUCUUCGUAUUGAAGUCAAUAUAGUUCUUAAGCCAGGGAGACUGUUUAAAUGUAACCGCUCUAUGAACCUUUGUGAGUUUCAUUCCAAGGUCUGUAUAGAGUUUCAGAUUACGUACAUGUAAGACGUAGUUUUUCCUGGGUCCUAGUGAGUUUACCAGUUUUCUUACUCCUCCAAUUGUCAGCUGGAAUUUCUCAGCAAUACUCUUAGCGUAAUCUGACAACAUUGAAGAACUAAUUUCUUUGCUCGCUGGUGCUAGAGGAUAACCGUUAUGUUCAUCGUGAAGUUCUUUGGGAUAUUCCAUGUCAACCUCUAAAACCAUCCCUCUUUCGUUGUCUCCUAAGUAAUCAUCUAGAUUCAUACCAUCAACUUCCUUAACCCACUCGAACUCUCCAUUAGGUAGUGGUUGUGACAUCGCCCAACCAUAUAAAUUGUUAGCGUCGAGGUACAUAAGGUACUUGUUUUCAGACGACUCAUCGUACGUCUCCAUGUACUUAUUAUUAGCUGUUGAGUGUCUGUGGGCAAUAUGACUUAUACCACCUCUCAUUCCUUUCUCGAAGAACUGAAACAUGUCCAUAUCACUUACAAGUUCUAUUUCCUCACCUGACUGUUUCAAGAAGGCGUCCCAACUUAGACUAGGUGCUGACAUGUAAUGUGCAGGGUCAAGUUUGUAAUUUUCCAGACAUGUUCUCCUGAAGUUUUCAAAUACAUCGGCUAACAAAAGAACGUCAGUCUCUAGGUAGAGAUCGUGGUAGUCUCUCAUGGUUUUCAUCCCAAAGUGAUCCCAUACUUUCCUAGCUCUUUGGUAAUCUUCUUCCUUCACCUCUGACUCAUACAGUGAUGAGUAAAACUUAUCUCUACUAGGAAGACCCUCUGUAUUGAGUUUACUAAUGUCAUCCAGAAAUUCAUAUGGAAAGACUCCUUUUUGUGUUACUAAAUUGAAGUCCUCACCCUUCCACCUCUUACCUACUAUUUUAAAGUCCUCAGGUGAAAGGUUACUCACCAGUGCUUCUAGUGAAGAAGCCAUAAACUGUAUAGAGUCUAUGAAGACAAGAUUUUUACCCAGUGAAAAUGAAAUAUAUUUUUCCAUAUUAUUUGGGAUCACGUUAAUGUUCAUCUUGAACUUACCAAUUUCCUGCAUUAUUAGAUGACUAUCAUAACCUCUCAGAUUGUGGAAGACCACAGGUACUUUCCAUGUAAUUCUGUAUUUCAGGUUGCAUAUAUUAUGAGCAGCUCCACGGUACAUUCCUGUUACAUGAUCAUGGUCCCUUACCCUGUCCUCACCAAGAUCGUUACCACAUAUUGAACAGUUUCUUACCUUCCAGAACUCAGCUUCUUCUUCAGGUGUAAUUACCAUCUUUUUCUUGAAUAUAUUGUUAACCAUCUCUCUACAUCUGAAGGACUCUUUCAAUACAGUCUUCAGGAAUACCACUGCAGCAUCCUUUCCAACGUAACUCUUAUACUCACCAGAGUACUUAUCAUUAUAAUGGCAGACAGUCUUCAAACCAAAACUACAAGCCUUGUGUGUCUGGUAAAGGUCUGUACUACUUUUGUCCUCAGGGUUUUCUGACUCCACUUUUCUCUCCUCUGGUACUAGUAUGGACUCAAAAUCAGCGUAUAUUACAAACGGUACAGGCAUUGAGUUCCUGUGAUUUUUGAACUUUAUUUUAGUACCUUCCUUGGGAAGCUUUACAGCCUGAGUUCCAUUUACCUCGAUGCACGUCUCCCUAUGUUUUUCCAGUACCUCUUUGCUCACACAACUAUGAAGACAGUGUAGACAGAAGUGCUUUUUAUUUGUAUGUUUACUUACGCUGAAGAGCAUUCUGUUUACAUCCUUUAUGAGAACGUAAUGGUUGUUACCUUCACUAUCACCCAGGAGUAGAAGCUCCAUAUGCUCAUCAUGUUUAGCCUUAGAGUUCCUUAUGGGGUAGAACUGUUUCUUAACCACUGUAACCGAACACCGAUAUGUUGAUACUGUUUUUCCUCUCAAUCUUGUCAAUAUCGCUGAUCUUCACAGGGAAGUCUAUACCGUCGUAGUCCAGGUUCGUUGUGAAUUCCCUAUCUUUCCGUGUGAUAGUCGUUGCUCUUCUAGCCUUAGGUCUCAGAUGUCUUACAUGACUCCACAGGAAACAUAGGUUGUCGUUGUUCUUCAUAUUGAUUAGCCCACACUUUGGAUUACUAAUGUCCCCAGGAAGUUUCAUAUAUGAACUACCCUUCAGAGGUUUGUACAUUGCAAUGUUCACGUAAUGGCUCUCAAUAUUGAGAAUAAUCCAAUUUGAACCUAAGUUUUGGAAUGUUUCAAUUCUAGACAAAAUUGUCAGUUGGUUUUGAGCAGCUGUACUUUCAAUAUUCUCGAAGUUAGUUGCGGUGCCAGUUUUGGACUUGAAGUAGAUUGAGUCCUUCUUUGUUUUACCGUUACCUAUCUCCUUCGACAUUCUCACCUUUAUUGUCUCCGUGUACUUCAACCCUCCCAUUCUCUUCAAUUCAUUCACAAGUAUUCCUCUCACUACCUGUCUACUUGCAGUUAACUGAUUUAGGGGGUCCAUAUAAUGAGGAGUUAUUGAGUAAGUUACAGCAGCUCCAUUUGCGGCUGUUUCAAUUUUUCUGUGGAAUGGCUUUUCAAGGUAAGUUCCAAAUGGGUCUAUUUCGUGUUCCUCUGGUGUAACCACUAUAGGCUGCUCCUUGACUUCCCUUGACACCUUUACAGGCUUACGGACCUUAGGAGGAGACACUGGUUUUGUAGUCCUUGGUUUCGGUACAGGUCUUUCCUUGGGAAGUACCGUUCUGGGUUUCGGUACAGGUCUUUCCCUAGGAGGAAGUCUAGUUCUGGGUUUAGGUGUCGGUCUCCAUGGAGCUACACCCUUAGGCACUUCAGGAGCUUUCCUUGUGGGUUUCUUACACACUGAUCGUAAACUUACCUGGACCUGUUGGAGUUAUAAUACUGUUUGCAGGCACCGAGAGUUUUAUCCUAUUUUGACUCAGGAAUCUUUUCGCGACAGUUUGCCUUCUAACCUUAGGCUUUUGUUGUAUAAGCCUUAGACUUUGGUGGUCUACCUCUCCUUUUAGGAACCUUAACUUCACCCAUCAACCUUAGGCUUUGGUGGUCUACCUCUUCGGACGCUUAGGAUUCCUCUCAUUUUCGAUUCUCCUAAUUUCCGCAUUCACCUGAGGAUCGUCUGUGCGCCAUCUACCUCCCAUUGUUGGUGGUUUUUAGGAACCUUAACUUCACCAUCAGCCUUAGACUUUGGUGGUCUACCUCUCCUUUUAGGAACCUUAACUUCACCAUCAACCUUAGGCUUUGGUGGUCUACCUCUAGGACGCUUAGGAUUCCUCUCAUUUUCGAUUCUCCUAAUUUCCGCAUUCACCUGAGGAUCGUCUGUGCGCCAUCUACCUCCCAUUGUUGGUGGUAACCCCUUAACUCCCCUUGCUAGUAGACUUUGGUAUGCCUCCUCUACAAGUAAGGCCUUAGCCUUCUGUCUUUCAGAGUACUUCCAUGUUGGCAUAAUUCCUCUUCUACCCUUAUAGUUCAAAGGAAGACGUCUUGGUUUCUUUACCUCCAUAUCACGGUCAACUUCAUCUACGAAUUGUCUUUCUCCUUCAAAGGGACUUUUGCCCUUAUCAUCAGGUGCAAUCCUGUAGGUUUUGUCCUCCAUGAUGUUCUCUUUCAUCAAUCUCGUUAUCACUGUCUAUGAUACUAUUGAGAGCCAUAAGCUGUUCUACGCUGAAUUCGUUCAUGUCAAAAUAACUCGCCAUAUUUUUCAACUGUUCCUCUAUACUAUAUAUGUAAAAAUAAAUUUGGCUAUUUAAUUGUUAAUUUAUUUAGAAUUUAUUUUUAAUUUAUUCUUUAGGUUAAUUUAUUAUAUUAAUAUUUCUUUAAGUCUUUUAUUUAAUUUAUUAUAUUAAUAUUUCUUUAAGUCUUUUAUUUAAUUUAUUAUAUUAAUAUUUCUUUAAGUCUUUUAUUUAAUUUAUUAUAUUAAUAUUUCUUUAAGUCUUUUAUUUAAUUUAUUAUAUUGAUAUUUCUUUAAGUAUUUUAUUUAAUUUAUUAUAUUAAUAUUUCUUUAAGUAUUUUAUUUAGUUUAUUGUAUUAAUAUUUCUUUAAGUAUUUUAUUUAAUUUAUUAUAUUAGUAUUUCUUUAAGUGUUUUUACUUUUCCAGUUAUCAUAAUAUUUACACUUCUCAGGUUUCCAUCCAAGCUCAACAAAAACUUUCCCAUACAAUCUGUCCUCAAGGAUGUCCACUAUCCUUUGAGUCUUAAUAUCCUCAGGAGGGUUUCUUAAGGUGAUACCAUUCAUGCUGGCUAUCCUCAGCAGGUAAAACUUGUAUCUAACUAUAUUGCGCCCCCUUUGCAGUCUAAGUCUUUGUAUACAUCUUACAAUGCUUCUAAACUGCUCCCUUAUGGUGUCCCUAUCCCUAGAAGCAACAUGUUCGAACAAGUGUCUCUCAAACCAACGGACUCUAUUAUGACAAGACUUCUUUUUCAGGUAGUCAUCCUUGUUGUAGUUGUGACUAACGUAGUAUGUGAAGUUAUUCAUAUCACUUGUACCACACUGUGUGCAUGUAUCUGCUCCAUCUAUCAUUACAAUAGACUUACUUCCACAUUCGCUACAUACUGGAUCAUAUGUGUGUUUUAUCUUUAUUCUACUCUCUACGUGCUUCCUCACAGCAGCCUCUAACUCUUCCAGUGUAUUUACCUUCCUACCUACACGUUCUAUUUCAUCAGGUGUUACCAUCUCCAACUAGUCCAUUUCCCUAUACUAUUAGUGUGAAAAUUUUUUGCGGCAUUUUCUAUAGCAUUAAAUAAGCUGCCCCUCCAACCACCCCACCUGUAAUUAAACCAAAGAUUGCCAUAUAUUCUUCCAUCUCAGGGCUAGGUUUGUAGUGAUUACUUAAUUGCGGCUUCCUUGGCAUAGCCUUACGUGUUAACUCAUUGAUUCUUCUAACGAGUUCCAGUGACUGGUUUGUUGACUUAAUAUCCCUAUUUGCAUCAAUUAGUUCUGACUUUAGUCGAGCUAUUCUAUUUCUCCUAUCGGUGACCUCUUCGAGAUACUUUUCUCUUUCAGCUGUUAGAUUCUCCAUUGCAAGGUUAUGUCUAUGAGCUUCAGCAGCGAAUCCAUUCUUGUCAAACAUUUUAAAUAAGAAUCCUGCUCCUGCAUGCAAAUGCAAAUGCGUUAAAGAGUCCUCCUGCUACUGCUCCCGCCAUUGUAUAGUUUUACCUAGGUUUUGAAUGGAUCAUCUGGUAGAUACUUCUUUUCUUUCAAGUAAGAGACCAGUAGAGAUGAAAGACUAACUGAAAUAGCUAACUUCGCCAUUCCUUUUACAUUCUCUGGGGUACCUAACGGUUCUUUUAAUAGUUUCUUUGAUGCCAUUGAUAUACCAACUGCUCCUGCUGUAAGUAACACUGCGUUGUACACUUCCAUAGUCAUCUUUGAUUCUUUACUCAUCUUGCUAUAAUAUAUGGUAUGUUUAAUGUAUCAUUCAAGUGAAUCUAACUUGGACUCAUCAGCUUUCUUAGUUACUUCUACAGUUUUAUGGAUGUACUCAGGUUCUAGUUCUUUAGUUUCCCUCUGAUGUGUCUUAUAUGCUAGCACAAGAGAUAUCAGUGCAAUGGCCACUCCUAUGUAGGUGAUUAUACUAUCACUAGAUGACUCCUUUGGUUCUUCAAGUUUCUUUUUUCUCUCCUUUGCUAUCUUACUGAUUGCAGCUAGUCGCUUUCCAGCAGCUACUCUCUUAGGGUCCUUCUUCUUUUCACUUGUUAUGGGUACUUGAAUUUGCUCAGGUUUAUCUUCCAUUCUACUUGUAAGAUACCUUAGGUUUAACUGGGUUUUAUCUUAUGAGGUAUCUUAAAUUCUACUUGUGAGAUAACUUAAAUUUACUUGUGAGAUGUCUUAAAUUUACUUGUAAGAUAACUUAAAUCUACUGGUGAGAUAACUGGUGAGAUAACUUAAAUUUACUUGUGAGAUGUCUCAAUUCUACUUACAAGGUAACUUAAAUUUACUUGUGAGGUAACUUAGAUCUACUGGUGAGAUGUCCUGAACUAAUACUUACCUGACCUAAACCUUGGUCUGUACAACUUAUAGUCACAAUCUGCGGUUUUCACUGCGGUCUUUCUCACAACAUUCUUAAGUUGAAAGUACUCAUUAAUUCUAAUACAGAUUUUUAGUACAUCAUCAGAUAUUAAUGUUGCGUAUCCUAUUUCCCUUAGUUUCUUAAGCCAUUCUUCCUGCUUCGCACUUGUAAUCCCGGUGCCCUUAGGAGACUUAAAUUCAAUGGCGAAUCCUUUAUACUUCCCCUUAGGAUUCUCUAUUAUAAGAUCUGGUUGACCACCCUUAUAUCCCUUCUUCCAGGCAUCACAUCUCUUUGACACCGUAUCCUGGUACUCACCAAGACCCGGUAUUAUUACAGCCUCAGGGUGGUUGUUCCUUAUGUAACUCACAACUGUAUGAUGAAGGUCCGUUUCGUUUAUGAGGAUCAUUUGGUUAUAUCUGAGUGACCUUCUAUCUAGUAAUUCAUACGAUCCAGUUUUACGGAUAGAUGGAAGGACUUCCCUGAAUACCCAAUCCUGAAACGCUUCCGCUACUGGGAGUCUUGAGUUGAAUAUUAGUUGGUACAAACCAGGUUCUCUUAGGAAAACUGAAUUUGGUUGACCAUCUAGGGUGGGACCCAAAUUGGGUCCCCCCCUAAGUUCUCCAAGUGUUGUCUUGUUUGGCUUCCAUACAUGAGUUUGAAUAGCUUUUUUCGUAUUCGAGUAUCCUAGGGAUUCGGCCACAUCCUUUGCGUAAAACAGUAUCUCCUCACCAUUACUAACAGUUCUUACACUAACAUUCAACUUCCGGUUCCUGAAUAGUUUUUCCAUCUUUCUCUAUAUUACAUAUGUAAAAAUUUUUGGGCCUAUUUUAUAAGACAUUUAUGAAGCAGCAUUCCCUCUACCCACUCAGCUACUCCUCGUUAAUGUUUGCUUCCUGGUUUAAAAAUAUUACAUUUCAUUUAGUUUCUUGUAUAUCUUUACAACUGUUUUAAUCACGUCAGCCUUGAACGUCUGGUGGUCAUGUUGGAGUGGUCCUAUGAUUUUAUCCUUAAGUGAAUAUAAAUCUUUCUCUAUUGAGUUCAGUGUUGCCUUGUUCUUUUUAAGUAAGCUUUCUGUUGAAUCAAGUGAUGUCUGAAUUUCGUCUAGCUGCUUCUUAUUGCUGUCAGUUUUUUCGGUUAGUUCAUAAAUUAUGUCUUCAAGCUCUGUUCCUCCCCACUCACAGGACAUUCUGUAUUUAAAAAGAUAUGUUUAGCUUCUUCAGACACUUCCUCUGACUCUGCCUUCUUAUUCCACUUAUGAGCAACAAUAUGCUUUGCAGUAGUACAACCACCAGAUAUAAGCCCUAUGAAUGGGAUGUUGGGGGAUAUCGUUCUGGUUAGAUACGCUACGUCAUCCUUUAAAAGCUUGUCACUAAGUAGUUCCUCUGAUAGUUUCUCUGAAGAUUCCACUGCACCAAAACUCCCCAGUAUAGAAGCAAACUUUGAAAUAAUAAGUGUUGAUAAGAAGUCACUUGCACAUGACAUCCUCUGACUUUCAUACUCAUGGUAUAGUCUAUCUACAACAUCCUUGUUAGACUUUCUUAUAAAACUUGCGGGCUUCUCUAUUAUACCAUCCCUAGAUAGCUCUAUAAGUUUGUCUCUUUUGCUUUCAGUUUGCGACUUAUCUGCGGUAGACUUAGUUUUUCUUGCUUUUUUCUGCGGUACCUUUGCGGCUUCCUCUACUUCUCUUACAGCCUCAAAUAUUUCUUCCUCAGAUUCAGUUCCCAUCAUCUAUAUUUUACGCGGUGUUUAGUUUAACAGUGUAUGUGUAAGGGUGAAUAAGUAGUACGUCCAGUGCGGUGAACUUCUCAUCUUUUAAUAUCUUCGAAAUCUCUGUAAUUGUCUCCUGAGGAACUCCACUUAGGUAAUCAUCUGUUAUGACCUUCAUAUCCUUGCGACUAGGGUUGUAGAAUGUAACUAGCCUGGAAAUGUUCUCUCGAAAGGGUUUUGCUACUGAUGACAAUUGUUGGGUAAUUACAAUAACAGAUAUGUUGUAAUGCCUUGCGGAGAAUGCUAAGCGCACCAGUUCUGAGACUCUUUUCUUUACAUCUUGACUUGCCGCACAAUCGUCCACUAUAAUGAGAGUUUGAGUACCGCGGAAUAUGGUGGACACAGCCUUGAGAACAAGAUCAAUCAUUUCUUGUGAGCAUGGAAUUUGUAUAACUCCGUGGUCACUAAUAUGAGUUCAAUUAAUGUAAGUCAUAUUCCACUCUAUGGUUGGACAUAUAAUGACAAUGUAAUCGAAUACUCUAUUGUACUCUGUUUCUAACAUAUUAAGUAGGAACUGAGUUUUGCCACUUCCAGUCAUUCCUACUAUGAGCAUGUUGAAUGGUUGCAUCUCUAUGCUUUACCGUUAGUACAAACUACGUAGGGUACCUAGUAUUGAAUACUUGAUAGAUCUCUAUUUGCAAAGUUAAGGAGAGCAUCUGAUACAAUAAAAAUGUUGCAUUGAACGUCAGCUGUUGUGGCUCUCUUUUUGAUUUCCAGGAGUAAUCCUGACUGUGUGUUAACAAUCUUCUUACCUCCACCAGUGGUAUCAUCUUGUGUUGACCUUAGGUCGAUUACUAGAGCAAAACCAUUGGUGAAGAACUUGCUGAUGGACAUAAAUUCGUCUGCCAUGGAUUUCUCACACAUAGGGCAGAAGAAUCUUUUUGCCUCUUCGAAGAACCUAUUUUUAGGAAGUCCCUGGGAGAAGACUGCAUUAGGCACACCUUCAAUGGUCAGGUUCACUUUAUCAAUGUUUGGGUAAAUAUACUCUUCAGAAUCAGUUCUCACUCUAUUGGUAAAUAGAAGUACAAUUGCUGACAUGCUCUUCCUGGGGAUAUUAAUGUUCUCAUUAACAAUGGUAAGAUCCUUGUCCCAAUUACUUGUACGCAUAAGAGUGACGUGUUUGCAGGACAGUGAGCGGCCUGUUGAAUACAUCCUUGAUACUUCACUUGCAAGGGCGUCAUUCUCAAUGGUCUCGUAUUCUAACUCAAGAUUAUCAAGUUUAUAAUUACCCUUAGCUUCACCUCCCUGGGCAGUCAUAAUCUCAUCUGAUUGCGGGAGUGUGAGGAUGUACAUAGGAUUGUUAUUCAUGGAGAACGGCGUGUAGAGUCCAUGGUCUGCAAUUAUUUUAUCAAUUGGUUUUCUAAGCUUAGAACCAUACACACUGUGGAGAAGUGCAUCUGCUACUUUACCAACAUCACCUACCUUUACACCUGAGUCGUCGCCUGAUAUUAACUUCCUGAGAUUCUCACUUGCAAGACCCUGUUCAGUCAUCUUAUUUCUGUCACCUAGUGUUAGCCAUAGAUCUUUGUAUACUCCGUACAAACUCUCUCCUGAACAGUCAUAGGCUGUUUCACCUGCUACUUUAAUCUGAAGACGUUUAGCUAUCAACUUAGCCAGGUUAUUAUUAAAGCGGCUUUUUGUAUUGGAAUUUUUGAAGUCAAAUAAUAGUGCAAGUGAUCCUGGGACUAAACAAGAGUCAGGCUUUAGUUUGGGGAUGUUAAUGUACAGCUCUUCACCUGGGCUAAUAGUUGUAGGAUUAAAUGUUACAACACUUCUAGUUCUGGGACCUUUUACGGAUGUCAUACGGCUCCUCCUGAAGCCAGGUUGGAGUUCUCUUUCUGUGGUAUUCAUACUUGUAUACAAUAUGUAAUGUUUAGCUGUUCAUGUAAAGUAAAAUUAUUCCGAUACCCACAGCUACCACCCAUAAGUUUGAUGAUAUGAAUUUAAUCAGUUUGCUUACUAUAUCAGGAAGUGGAGAUGGUGACGGUGAAGGACCUCCACCUCUGCGAGUUGAGUUUGCUGCCAUUGAGUAUAGUUUCCUAGUCUGUAUGAUAAUAGCUGUAAGGAGAGCAGCAACUGACACUAUAAUACCUGCAAGAACAAAUCUGAAGUUAUCCUCAACCCAUGACUUGAAUCUUUCAUACCUCGUAAGAUCUUCCCUAACAUCCUUCAACAUGAUUUCCGUACUAUCACCGCUAAAUAUAGGUUGAUCAUCUUCUGGGAUAGUAUCCUCUGCAACCUGGAACAGGAGGUUCUCAAAGUUGAAAGUAUCCUUUAGCCAUUCAGUGUCUACCCCAGGUAGAGACUCCUCAGUCUCCUUACCUCUAUCAAGCUUCCCGGGUUCUUUACCUCCGUAGGGCUUUUCUAUCUUGGGUUCCUUAGGUUCUUCCUUAGGUUGAGGCUUCUUCGGUUCUUCCUCGGGUUUAGACUUCUCUUUUUCCCAUUCUUCGAGCUUUUUUCUCCAAUACUCUGUUUUCUCCUUAUCACCUUUUAUAAAUUCCUGGUGUCUUUUAAUCUCAGCUUCCUUACGCUUAAACUCAGCUUUUCCCUGACGUUCGGCAGCUUCUUCUGCAAGCCUUUUACGUUCUAACUCAGCAGCCUUCCUGCGUUCUUCUUCCUCCUUCUUUCUAGCUUCUCCUUGCAUACGUUCUUCUUCCUCUACUUCCAACUCUUCCUCGGGCUUAUUGGGAUCAAAACCUAGUUUUUCUAUAAUACCCUUCAGCCUAUCUAUUUUUUCCGAGUAGUCAUUCCUUCUAACUUCAGCCUUAGCUAUUCUUCUGAGUACAACUAAUGUUUUUACCUCUUCCUUGAGAGUACCAUGGGUUGCGUUUAGAUAGGCCUCAGUUUCUGAAUUCUUCCAGGUUUUUAUUCUUCUUAGCUGACUGACGUAUUCGAUUUCUCUUUUAAUAUCCUCUUUUUCUUCGAGCUCUGAGCCUGUUAUCUUCCUUCGGAGAAUGUCUAUUUCAGAGUCCAUAUCUUCAGGAUUCAUUUCCCUAUAGCCAGGAUAUAAUCUGUUCAGCUCAUCUAGGUCCUCGGUUCCCAGGUCUCCUUCCCAAAUCUCGGAGUAUUCAUUAUUGUAUUCAUCAAGAAUGGUACUUACCCUAUCCAUCCAUGCUGCCUUGUAUUCUACGCUUUCAGCCAUUUCUCAUAAUUUACUUGCUGUAAUAGUUGUAUACCAUUAAGGCUGCAGCUAUAGCUAAUACCCAUAAGUGUGACGCUAACCAAGCAAUUCCUUUGGCUCCCCACGACAGCGCCGUUGCAAUGGUGUUCAGAAUUGGAACUAGAAUUGGUCCUGCUUUCUUUGCUAAAUUUGCUAAUGCUUUUGCUACUUUACCAGUGACCUUUGCUGUCUUCACAAUGGCUCCCCUAGCAUGAAUUAAUAAGGCUGUAAUUAAACUAGCUGUCGACACUGCUAUCCCUACAAGUCCCACCUUUUCCUCCCCUAACCAUUUAGUAAAUCUGCGUAAUCUGGAAAUAUCUUUCAACUGUGCCUCUCUUGCUUCCUCUACAGUUCUCUGUUCUAGUGUCCUAUCCCUGGCUUCCUUCAAACUGUCAAUUCUUUCUAAAAGGGAAUUAUACUCAGUUGUACCUUCCGCAGAGGUGGCGCGUUCCACGGUUUCACCAAUAGCUUCAUUAAAGUAGUCAGCCUGGACUUGUAACGCUCCAUUGGGACCUGUUCUGCCUUCUAUGCUUGAUCCAUCAGGUGGGUUAAGAACACCUCUCAGUUCGUUGUUUUCUUGCAUUGUUAGCCCUGGAAGGUCUCCUAUUUUUGCACUUAUAUCUAUUAACUCAAUGUUCUCAUGGUCAGCGUAUUCCUCACUACUUUCAUCAAAUUGCGGCUCUUCUCUAGUAUCCUCGUAAAUUGAUUCAUCACUUCCAAUUAUAUUGUCAGGAUUCGUAGGUACCUCUUUUAUUUUCUUUAGAAGGUCCUUAUAUUCUCUUAAUGCAGUGGAGUUCUUAGAGUACACUGGAGUCUUCUUCUUACCACGUUUCAUUAUUUGUGUUCCACUUUUGUCAAUACCUUGUUCACUUCUAAAUACCAACACCUCUGUGCCAUCAUUUCCUUCGGUGAAAGUUGUUUCUGCUAUUGCACGUCUCUCCAUGAGAUUCUUCACAUAGUCAAGUUCACUUUUAAGAUCGGUUAGUACUAUAGGAUCAUCACCAUACAUAGCCUCUCCCUUCACCCUUGUAUCUAACCUACUAAAAGCUGUCGUUAGGUCAUCAUAAUUAAGGUCGUCAUAUUGAGGAUAACUUUUUUCUGUCUCCUCCAACUCAAUGUCCUCGAAGUCCUCCAUAAUACUUUAACUUAUGUUAGGGACUUGAUGUCUCCAGCUGGUCUCCAACUGUUAAAUUUGUCAUCAUAACCUAACCACUUAAUGAGGGCCAUCUUUUUACCCUUCACAGUUCUUCUCCUUAGUACUUUUUCUAUUCCGAAAUCAGGUUCUCUUCCUUCAGCGCUAUACAGUUCUUGUUCAUAGAAUCUGCCAAUUAUUGGUUCAUCAGCACUGUCUUUUAUUGUGUACGUGUUUGGAUGGCCGUGAUACACUUCCGUCACAGUGAACAACUCCUCUGUGAAAUUUGCUUCGUACCCUUUUGUGAACACUGAUUUAUACUUCGAGAUCCUGACACUUUCUCCGACAGCAAACUUUGGUUCCGACGGCUUGCCUAAAUUGUGACUAAAAAGUGUCUUCCAUACUUCAGUCCAAUUGGACUCAUUUACACUGUCCGGUGUUGUUUUAAUUGAUCUGUUCACUGAACUGUUGUAAUUAUCAGUUAAGUCUUGAAGGACGUCUAACCAUUUAUAUGUACUGGCACUAUAGAAGUACUUCCACAUUAGCGCUUUCAGUGUUCUGUUAAAUCUUUCCACAACUGCGGCCUUUUUGUCUGAGUAUGUGGAGAAAAACUCGAUGUUAUGUUUAUUGAGUAAUAACUUUACUUCUUUGUUGUAGAACUCUGUGCCUUGAUCGAACUGGGUGAAUUUUGGGUAUUUACCAAAACGAUUAUUAAAUUGCUCUAAAAUGUUACUGACUGCGUCCUUCACUGAUGUCGCGUUUUUUCUAUACACUGGUACUGUGAAUGCGUACCUACUCAGUAUUUCAAUGGAUUUGAGAAUCCAGCAGUAUCCCUUGUUCUUAUCGUCAUAUUUUGUCAUAUCAACUAAAUCCAUUUGUAACUGUUCACCUAAAGUUUGGACGUACGUCUGUCUGAACUUAUGUUUCCUAAACACUUGUCUGUACCUUGUGUAUGUGUCUUGCUCGUUUAUCCAUUUCUUGACCUGGUUUCUGGUUACUUUAAGUCCGUCUGAUACUGCUCUAAGAUAUAGUUUCUCUGGUGUUUGAAAUCCAGUCUUAGGAUUGUAGUAAAUAUCUCGUAGUCCUUGUUCUUUCAUAAUAUCGUCGUCCAUCUUAUAUUAACCAAUGUAAGCUCGCUACUCAAGGUACAUCUCGAUAAGCACUUCACCUAUAUCAAUAGGUUUCCCAUCUUGAUCUGUCAUGUAGAAUACAAGUUCUGAGAAAGAACCCUUGAUAACUGAAAUCCUACUUUCAACAUCAAUGUAACUAACGACUGAGCCUAAUAAUGGUCUGUCAGUUGGAACUGUAACACUUGUUAUUACAUCGCUGGGUCUUCCCCAAGGGUUAACGUUAAAACUGCUACUAACUAGAUUGCAGUGUAUAUUUACACAUCGUAGACCGUUAUUGAAGUCAACUUUGCUAUCACUUGUCAGACUCCUCCCUUUUAGCAGGAUCAUAGGAUUAUUAAAUCUACUAAAACCUGACAUGGUCAGUAAUCGUGUUUCUAUUGUGAUAUCUUGUUUUACUGCUUCUAUUUGACAUCCAGCUGUUUCAGAAAAGUAGGUUAGCUUAACACCAUGUCUUUCAAGUAACUUCUUCAUGCUGUCAAAUGUGUAGUAACCUUUAUUAACAAUUACAUCAGAUUCUCCAUCAUCUGUUUUCACUUUGAGAAUAGUUGUUGGUUCCCUUAUAUUGAAGUACUCCCAGAAAACUGAUACUCUCUUCACAAAGACUGAUUUAUAAUUGCUUGUUAGAACUGAGUUCUGUAGUGAUACAAUUGUGUGCGAACUCUGGAGUAAAAUUGUGAACUUCAUCUUAAUAACAUACGUUAGGUUAUUAAGAAUGAGACUAGGUGGAGGACAAGUUGGUAAGUCGCCGUAUAGAUCGUACCAGGACUAUGAAAAAAAGUAUGGAAACGAAGACGAUGAAGAUCAUGUUAAUCCUGUUGCUGGUAAAAAUGCAGAGAAUGCUGAGAGGGCUAGAUUUAUUAAAAAGUACCCUCACGCUGACAUGAAUAGGUUUAAGUUUGAAGCAAAGGCUACUAGUAGUGGUGAUAUAGGAGUUAUCACUUGGUUUGUUGAUUUAGAUGGUAUAUCUUCAUAUGACAUUAGAUAUGACGGUUUUAAGAAGGAUAAGGAGUUUACAUCUUAUCUCACUAGUACUAAGGAAAUUAUUACUCCAGUACAAUUCAAAACUAUGACUGACAUGGAUCAACCUCCACUGGAAGUAAUAACAACCAAGUGGCCUUCAAUGUGGUCCAGUGGUGGUAUAGUUCAGAAGAUAAGUUUUACUGAGGGUGAUCCUGUUAUUGGAAAGUAUCCUCCUAUUACAAAAACUAAUCCUAUCUCCAACUUUAAGGUUUAUGUUAGUAACAGUGAGUUUUUCUUUAGUAACCUUCCUAAAAUUAGUGAUUAUAUUAGUAUUGAUAAUGUUACACCAAAGUUUAAUAGAGAGUUGUCGUAUUAUGCUGCAAUAUGUGGAACUUAUGUAGCUACAUAUCUAUGUGGAGUCUCUACUUAUCAUACAAGUCCUCAUAGUAAUGUAAAUCCUAUUAUCACAUCUAUUAUGAACUUUCAUGUGUACUUAUGGAUUAGAAGGUUUAUUAAAAAUCCUAGUUUACUUCAGCAGUAUUCCGAUAGGUUAAAGGUAAUAUCUGGUAAUAUUCCUGUUAAGGGUCAGUGGGAGGUUGAUAAGUUUAGUGAUAGUCGAGCAUCUAUUGGAAUUGUGUACCGGAAGUUUAGAAAUGAGCAUAGAACUGUUAGAAAUGUUAGGUAUGCUAAAAAUACAUCUGGAAUGAUAGUUGGGAUUAGUUAUGAUGAGCUUACAGGUAUGUCUUCCCUUGCUAGUCUAAAUGACUAUAUGAGGUAUUACGCAGACAAAAGUGUGGGUCUUGUUGAUACCUCACUUUUACAGGAAAGCUUGCAGUGUUAUGUAUACUGUGUCCUUGGAGCUCAAGCUAAUACUCGGUGGGCUAUAGUAAACCGUGGCACCUCCUCUUUACUGUCUCAAAAAGGAUUCCGUAAACUUGUAGAAGAUGUUGUAGUUCAAACUGAUAUUUCAGUUGGAAUCACUAAUAUGAGAACAGCAAUUAGAGAUACUAACGCAAUAGUAAAUACAGCAAUAAAUCCUGACAUUAUUUUAUUUCCAUCAAAUUUGGUAAUAUUAAAGGAUCCUAUUCCCGGUUAUAAUAAUAUUCUACUUGAACCUAACUCUAGUGUUAAGUUUGGUGCAAAUACUAAAGUAAAUUAUGUAGGUGUUAAGCAAGUUGAUCCUCCAAAGAAACAGCAUCAAAAUAGCACACCAGUUCACCACCUUGAUACUCUUAGUGGAAACGUAAACAACAGAAUAAACCUAGAGAAAACAACUCCUUUCGUAAAACUAUGGUUAACAGUAAUAAUUCUUCAGAAGUUAGCGCUAUUGCUGGGGCUGGAAUUGGUGCUACAGUUGUAUUUAUUAUAAUGAGAAUGUUUUUGUAAACAUUGUGUAUGUUAUAAAAAUGGCUCUCUAUAGAGGAUACAACAAAGGAGUAAAUAAUAUUGAUCCAACAACUGGUAGUGUGUUUGAUAAGAAUGGAUUUACUAUGAAGGGUGACAUUGAGAUGGAUGGUAAUGAGGUGAAGGGUUUAGGUGCACCUACAGAUGAUACGUCUGCGGUCACAAGAAAGUGGGUAGAUGAUGAGAUCAUUAAACAGGCUGCUGUUACAAUUCAACCAGCAGGGUUUACAAUGACUGCAUGGGGAUAUUAACAUGGGAGGUAAUAAGAUAACUAAUCUUGAUACUCCUACUAAUCCAGGUGAUGCUGCUAGUAAGAGUUGGGUUGAAGGUAGCCGCAGGCAUAUACAUGUAAGCUUACCUGGUCUUGUACUUACAAAUGACCUCAAUAUGUCAACAAAUGAGAUAAAAACUUUGGGUGAUCCUACAACUGGAAAGUCUGCUGUUAAUAAGGAUUGGGUAGUUGGAAUGUUAAAUAGACCUGUAACUGGACUUGAUAUUGCUGGUGAUAUUGACAUGAAAAACCAUGAGAUUAAGAAUCUUUAGGAUCCCUCUGAGGAUCAGUCUGCUGUUACAAAAAAGUGGGCGGUUGAUAAUAACUUUGUUAAAAAAGGUGGAACUAUGCAAGGAGAUGUUUCUAUGGGAGGCUGGAGAUUAUUUGAUAUUAUUGACCCUAAACUUAGUAGUGAAGUUGUAUCUAAAGGUUGGGUUGAAAAUAAGAUGUCUACAAUUCCUAGCACCUCUGGUUUUACAAUGUCAGGUGAUCUUCAAAUGGGUGGACAUGAAAUUAAGAAUGUCGGUAAUCCCACUACCAACCAAUCUGUUGUUACAAAAAGAUGGUUUGACUUAAACAGGGGAACAUUUCUAAGGCUAGGUGACUCUUUCCUAUUACAGAGUGUAACUGGUCCUAUUAGCUUCUCUAAGGCCCCUAAAAGUUUCUCAGAUGGGUUAGAUUCAGCAAGUCUUGUAAGAUUUAGCCAGCUAGCUACCUAUCUUAAACUAAGCGGUCUAGGUGAAAUGACUGGUAAUCUUAAGAUGGGUGGAAAUGAAAUUGAAAAUAUUGGUAAUCCUAGUGUUGAUACAUCUGCUGUUUCCAUGGGGUGGGUAAAAAAUAAUGUUGUCACGCGUGCGGGUGGUUCUAAAAACAAUAUGACCGGUAUCUUGUGGAUGAAAGGUAACAGAAUACGUGAACUCGGAAAUCCUGAGUAUCUCACAGACGCUGUAAAUAGAGGGUGGGUUGAAAAUAAGAUCUCUGGAGGUAGACGUAAACGUGAGACCUAUAGUGGUCUUACACUAUCUGAUGACCUUGACAUGGGAAAUUACGAGAUAAUAAAAUUAGGUGCUCCUACAACCGACAAUUCUGCUGUGUCUAAAAAAUGGGUCACGGAUCACGUCAGUGGAAGCUCAAUUAGCAGCAGUGGCUUCAGUAUGACAGGUAAUAUUGACAUGGGUGGUUAUAGUAUUACAGGUUCAGUAGUGGCUCAGCUGGAGACUCUGCUGCAGUUUCCUAUAGUUCUAUGAGCUCCUGGUGCUCUCAGUUUCUGAAGCGUGGUGGUGGUGUUUUAUCGGGCAAUCUUGAUGUUAACGAUUAUGAGUUAACUAGAGUAGGCAAUCCAACAACUUACGGUUCAGCUGUUAAUAAAAGGUGGGCAACUGAUGAGUUCAUGAGUAGUAGAGGUGGACUGGUAAAGGGUGAUUUGGAUAUGGGAGAUUCAAGUGGUAUUCUCGAUCUAAAGGAUCCGGUAAAUGACAAAGAUGCUGUUAACAAACAGUGGGUAGAAAGGAAUUUUCUAAAGCCCUCCUCGGGACUUGUACAAGUAGUGGCUGAUAAGAGAUACGUAAGAAUAAACCGUCACAUUCAUGCAAAAUGGAUCUGGGGUUAUCGUGGCGUAUCAGUUGCAGCAACAAGGUACUAUGCUUACUGUCAUGAUCAGAUUCCACCUUCAUGGAGAACAGAUACUAUUAAUAAUAUGACAGACCUCAACCUUGAAUCAAUUACUAUUAAAUCAGAUUUUCCUACUUUUUCAACUGUUCUAAAUAUACCCCUAGCUCUAAUCCUGUGGGCUACUGUAUGGGAAAAACAAUCUAAUGGAAAAUAUACACAGGUUAAGAAGGAAAUCGCUCUGAGAACAAUAGACUUAAGAAGGCUGUCACAUACUUGGUUCAAUGGAACUUACACAACAACAGGUGGAAGUACAGCUUGCUACGUUUUCAAGGGUAAUAGUAUGUUCUAUUUAGGAAAUCAGGUUGAGCUGGUAGAUAAUACGCUGGCUUGGUGUAUUAUAGUUAAACCUGAACACUCAAUGCCAACUGGUUCGAGUAUGGACUUGUCCUUUUGCUGGUCACUUCGAUACUCAGGGUCAGGUGCUUAACAUUUGUUGUACUAUAAGGUAUAAUGUCAAGGUGGAGGUCAUGCUUCUCCUGCUUGGGUAAGAUUUGUGGCUGCCGUAAGAGUUCUAGUAGAACUGGGUAGUCUGGUGACAUAAAUUUCUCUGUAUCAAAUAAUAUUAAUGUUGGAGUAACAACACAGAGUAAAAAGGAUAAUGCCAACAGUGCAUCCGGACUACAAGGGCCCCCUGCCUUGUGUACCCUCAGGAGUGAAAUAAAAGAUGUUGAAUAGGCUUUGGAAUAAAGGAAUUGAAUGAGAUUGGUGGAGUUGAAAUUUGAAGAUUUAAGAGAAGUGAAUCGUUUUAAUUUUGUUAGAAAAUCUAGCGCUUAGAAAACCAAUAUGGUCUAGAAAAUAAAAUCAUGAUUAAAAAAUUCAGAUUGAGCCAAACGGAUUUUCGUUCACGGAAAAAUGGUCGGAAAUCUGAUCAUGCUCAUUAGCAUAAAAAAUGGUCUAGAAACCUCAGUUCCUAUACUACUUGUCACAGACAAAAAAUUAGACGUUUCAAAUUCGCUCUUACAUGUCCUCUUUUCUAUUGUCAAUUUCAGAUGUAUUUCAACGUGAAACUCACAAUGGCAAUGAUGAUUGUAAUUGCCGGGAUGGUGAUGUUGCCUGAGUCCGAGGCAGGCAUUGGUGACUGCUGGAGUACAUGGAGUCGGUGUACCAAAUGGAGCAGAUUUUUUACAGGCAAAUUAUGGCUCAGUUGCCAGCAGCGGUGUUUUUGCUUGGGCUAUGCUACGGGAACGUGCAGGGAAGUGCCUUCUUCUUGUCCCUUCACAAACAAAGCUUGGCAGUGUCAGUGCAGUGGAAGAAGUCAAGGUCCAAAACCGAGCUGGUGCGGUUUUUAAAUGUCACAAACAGGGCAUAAACAAAUACACGGGGACGAAUGUUAUUUAGCUGAGAUGAACACUGACCUUUUGUCUUGAUUUAACAAUUUUAUUCUCCUUAAAAUACAACAUAGUUCAAGUUUCUAGUUUGAUAUUCUGCAUGUUCUGUUAAACACAUACUUAAUUUGAAUAUAAGCACGAUUCCAAAAUGAUGUAGAAAACUCUAAAUGAGAUAAUAAACAGUAAAACAAAGAAAAUGAAAAUCUUAAAUGAAUUUAUUGACUCUAAUUCAACAGAUUUUAUUAUAAACCCAAAGGAAAUCGCCAAUAAAGUCAACCACUACUUUAUUAACAUCGGACUCAACCUAGCGAAGGAAAUUACGCAUACACCGAUGUCAAAUUUUAAGGCCCUGUCACACUAUUUCGUACGAGAGAAACGUAUGAGAAGCGUAUGGAAAUUAAUGAAAUAAUUUUCAUACGCACAAAAAUCCUUUGAAAUGCCAGCGUAUGAGUACCGUACAUCUGGCGUAUCUCUAGCGUAUUCAGCGUGUGCCUAUAGAGUUUGCUUAUCGUAUAAAGGAUACGUCCGAUACGCACAAAAUUUUUGAGCAUGCAUGUUUAAAAAAAAAUUUCUGCCUCGCCGUAUGCCACCGUACGCGACCGUGCUUGAAACGUAUGCAACCUGUGCCUAACGUACUCCUAGCGUAUGUCAGCGUAUACCGGCGUAUGAGUGAUAUUUUUCAUACGCUGGCAUACGCUAGUACGAUACGUAAUAGUGUGACAGGGCCUUUAGCAAAUAUUUAAGGUGGCUCGCUACAGUUUAUAGAAAUGUUGAAAAUGCGUAAACUAGAUCACCUUUUUGAAGAGAUGAUGCCCUUUACAAAUCGAAAUUUGUAUAUUAUAUAUACAGCGACAAUCAAACAGUCGAAAAUUGGUCAGAAAAGUGACGUCACCACUGUUGCUAUGGCACCAAUGACGAUUCAAGAUGGCCGAUAUUUUGGCUUUGAACGCAUUUUACUUCUAAAAAAGGUCGGUUACCCCCAUUUUUUAUUUCAGAAAACAUUUCCUUAUAGUAAUAAAUGACCAAUUUAAAAAGAAAUUCUGUAAUGCAAAAAUAAAUUAUUUCGAAAAACCAUGUUUAUAAAUUUUUAAAAAAAUUGGCAUUUUAGAAGUUUUCAAAAUUGGUCAGAUAGUGUAUUGUACCAUAAGAAAAUAUUUUCUGAAAUAAAAAAUGGGGGUAACCGACUUUUUUUAAAGUAAAAUGCGUUCAAAGCCAAAAUAUCGGCCAUCUUGAAUCGUCAUUGGUGCCAUAGCAACAGUGGUGACGUCACUUUUCUGACCAAUUUUCGACUGUUUGAUUGUCGCUGUACGUCACUUUUCUGAGCAAUUCAAUUCAGCCGAAGUUCAGGAGUACACGAAGAUCAAACAAGAAUUAACAGUUCAUAAAGGUACAAUCCUGAGGGGAAAUCGCCUUGUGAUACCACCAACGCUGAGAAAUAAAGCUGUGGAUCUAGCACACUUUGGGCAUCAAGGUGUCGUGAAAACAAAAAGAUUGUUAAGGGAGAAAGUCUGGUUUCCUGGCAUAGACAAGCUUACAGUUUGA